CCGCGUCGCCCGGCGCGCUUCCCUCGGGCGGUAGGGGGCGCGCACCGAGUCACCGCGGUGAGCUUGGCUGCUUGUGGGGCCUGUGCGGCCCUGCGUGUUGGGAAGAUGGAGCAAGAAGCCGAGCCCGAGGGGCGGCCCCGACCCGUCUGACCGAGAUCCUGCUGCUUUCGCCGCCAGAACACCCGUCCCUCCUAGGACUAGUGCGUUGGAGCGCCCAGUGCCUGAGCCCCGAGAGUGGAAUGGUCCCCGAGGCCCAGGGCGUCGUGCUUCCGCGCGCCCCGUGAAGGGAACUGGGGACCCUCGAGGGACCCCCCCGACUCUAACCGCGAAAACCCCGAAUGGUGUGAAGCAGGCAAAUGUGCAAUACCAACAUGUCUGUACCUACUGAUGGUGCUGUAACCACCUCACAGAUUCCAGCUUCGGAACAAGAAACCCUGGUUAGACCAAAGCCAUUGCUUUUGAAGUUAUUAAAGUCUGUUGGUGCACAAAAAGACACUUAUACUAUGAAAGAGGUUCUAUUUUAUCUUGGCCAGUAUAUUAUGAAUAAACGAUUAUAUGAUGAGAAGCAACAACAUAUUGUAUAUUGUUCAAAUGAUCUUCUAGGAGAUUUGUUUGGUGUGCCAAGCUUCUCUGUGAAAGAACACAGGAAAAUAUAUACCAUGAUCUACAGAAACUUGGUAGUAGUCAAUCAGCAGGAAUCAUCAGACUCAGGUACAUCUGUGAGUGAGAGCAGAUGUCAGUUUGAAGGUGGGAGUGAUCAAAAGGACCCUGUGCAAGAGCUACAGGAAGAGAGACCUUCAUCUUCACAUUUGGUUUCUAGACCAUCUACCUCAUCUAGAAGGAGAGCAGUUAGUGAGACAGAAGAAAAUUCAGAUGAAUUAUCUGGUGAACGACAAAGAAAACGCCACAAAUCUGACAGUAUUUCCCUUUCCUUUGAUGAAAGCCUGGCUCUGUGUGUAAUAAGGGAGAUAUGUUGUGAAAGAAGCAGUAGCAGUGAAUCUACAGGGACGCCAUCGAAUCCGGAUCUGGAUGCUGGUGUAAGUGAACAUUCAAGUGAUUGGUUGGAUCAGGAUUCAGUUUCAGAUCAGUUUAGUGUAGAAUUUGAAGUUGAAUCUCUCGACUCAGAAGAUUAUAGCCUUAGUGAAGAAGGACAAGAACUCUCAGAUGAAGAUGAUGAGGUAUAUCGAGUUACUGUGUAUCAGGCAGGGGAGAGUGAUACAGAUUCAUUUGAAGAAGAUCCUGAAAUUUCCUUAGCUGACUAUUGGAAAUGCACUUCAUGCAAUGAAAUGAAUCCCCCGCUUCCGUCACAUUGUAACAGAUGUUGGGCCCUUCGUGAGAAUUGGCUUCCUGAAGAUAAAGGGAAAGAUAAAGGGGAAAUCUCUGAGAAAGCCAAACUGGAAAACUCAACACAAGCUGAAGAGGGCUUUGAUGUUCCUGAUUGUAAAAAAAUUACAGUGAAUGAUUCCAAAGAGUCAUGUGUUGAGGAAAAUGAAGAUAAAAUUACACAAGCCUCACAGUCACAAGAAAGUGAGGACUAUUCUCAGCCGUCAACUUCUAGUAGCAUUAUUUAUAGCAGCCAAGAAGAUGCGAAAGAGUCUGAAAGGGAAGAAACACAAGACAAAGAAGAAAGUAUGGAAUCUAGUUUGCCCCUUAAUGCCAUUGAACCUUGUGUGAUUUGUCAAGGUCGACCUAAAAAUGGUUGCAUUGUCCAUGGCAAAACAGGACAUCUUAUGGCCUGCUUUACAUGUGCAAAGAAGCUAAAGAAAAGGAAUAAGCCCUGCCCAGUAUGUAGACAACCAAUUCAAAUGAUUGUGCUAACUUAUUUCCCCUAGUUGCCCUGUGUAUAAGAGAACUAUAUUUCUACAUAAUUAACCCUAAGGAUUCAGACAGCAUGAAAUUUAUUUACAUAUAUCAAAGUGAGAAAUUGCCUCAGUCCAUAUGGAUUUCUUCUCUUUAGUAUAAUUUACCUACUUUGGUAGUGAAAUAGUAAAUACUUACUUUGAAGAAAAUUUCAUUCUGUGUCUAUUUUGUAUUUGGGUUUUAACAUAAUUUGAAUUGAAUAGCUCAUUCUUUACCACAACCCCAAAUUUUAAAUAAUUUCUACUCUGUCUUAAAUGAGAAUUAUCUAUUUUUUAAAAUAUAUGUAUAUGACAUUUAAAUGUAACUUAUUUAGUACCUUUCAUGUAAAGGGAAAUUGGUGGAAAGACUUAGUUUUUUGUUUUUUCUCUUUGCUUUUUUUUGAGACAGAGUCUCACUCGGUUGCCCAAGCUGGAGUGCAGUGGCACAGUCUUGCAGUCUCCACCUUCUCAGUUUAAGCAGUCUCCUGCCUCAGUUUCCAGAGCAGCUAGGAUUACAGGCA